GCUCAUAGGGUCAUCACCCAAGGUCAGGCAGCUCGCAGAGGCAGGCCUGGGUCUCGAAUCUUGAACUUCAAGCUGUGUGCUCUUCCCAUCCCACCGUGCUGCCUCCUUGUCACUGUUCCGCCAUCUUACCCAUCUCCAAGCCAGUGUGCUUCUGGAGGAGGGGCCCUCUAAGGUAGUGGAGCAGGGCGCGCCCUCCUCAGAAGAAUCUAGGACUACGUCAAGGCCUGCCACCUGCUCAGAGGCUUAAAUUUCUCUGCAAGGGACCUUGGCUAAAUUAGGUAAUGGGCUAGGACUCUGGAAGGGGUGGGGCUUGGUGACCCCAGGAUCUGAUUGGGCAAGAUAUCCAGUCCUGGGGAGCAGGGAGGUGGGAGGAGAGGGUGCCCCUACAAAUCCUGGGGGCUGGAGUGGGCCAAAGCGUCUUUGGGUGGUGGAGUGGAGAGGAGGUGACCCACAGCAGAGGAGUCCCAGUGACCAGCAAUCAUGACGGACCAGCAGGCGGAGGCCCGGUCCUACCUCAGCGAGGAGAUGAUCGCUGAGUUCAAGGCUGCCUUUGACAUGUUUGAUGCUGAUGGUGGCGGGGACAUCAGCGUCAAAGAGUUGGGCACCGUCAUGAGGAUGCUGGGCCAGACACCCACCAAAGAGGAGCUGGACGCCAUCAUCGAGGAGGUGGACGAGGACGGCAGCGGCACCAUCGACUUCGAGGAGUUCUUGGUCAUGAUGGUGCGCCAGAUGAAGGAGGACGCCAAGGGCAAGAGCGAGGAGGAGCUGGCCGAGUGUUUCCGCAUCUUCGACAGGAACGCGGACGGCUACAUCGACGCCGAGGAGCUGGCCGAGAUCUUCCGGGCCUCUGGGGAGCACGUGACGGACGAGGAGAUCGAAUCCUUGAUGAAAGACGGGGACAAGAACAACGACGGCCGCAUUGACUUCGACGAGUUCCUGAAGAUGAUGGAGGGUGUGCAGUAAGGAGCCGGCCGUCUGCCCCGAGACCGCGCGUCCCUCGGGCGCGGGCAGCGCCAGCCCACCGGUCGUCCCUGCCCCACCGGGAGGCGCGGCCCUUCUGACUGCGUCGGGAGGGAAUAAAAGCACAAGUUGCAAA